CAUUUUCUUUAUCUAAACAAUAUUUCAUUUAUUAUUAACAUGAAGUCAUUCAUCGUUGCUUCCUCCGUCCUCUCAUUAUUAUCUAUCGCUUCCGCAAUUGACCAUUUCCCUCAUCCUUGCCAACAAACUCAUAUUGUUGGUGCUAGCGAGACAUGCGAUAGUAUCGCCUCAGAUUAUGGUACUACUGUAAGCCACAUCGAGACUUGGAAUGAAGAAUUCAAAGAUGGUUUCAGCUGUGACACUGUCAAGGCUGGUGAGACUAUUUGUGUCAAGGUAAGAAGCGCCAAGCGCAUAAAAGCAAGUUCAAUUGAUAUUGAUACAACAAAAAUAGUAUUCUACUUCUAUUGUUAAGAGAGCUGCUGCUGUUAAGGCUUCCCAUGCUGCCAAGCAUGCUUCCAAGAAGGCUUCUCAUGGUGCUAAGAAGGCUUCUCAUGGUGCUAAGAAG